AUGCAGCUGCAACGUUCAAAAAGCGAGAGAACUCCCAAUCCCUCUAGGCCGGGUCUGACUCCGGCCUACAGCGACUGGGCGAGACUGUCUUGGUCUAACAUAUCUGGGUCGUCAUUCCUUGGCGACAAGGUCUAUCAGUAUCGACCGCUUGAGGAGCAGUCCAUCAGAUUGAUCAGGAUCUCACCGGAAAGAAAGACAAUGAUCAAGUGUGAGAUCAUGCACGUGUCUCUUGAGGACCCUCCCCGAUAUAUCGCCGUGUCGUACGCGUGGGGAGACCCAGGGGAUACGCGUAGGAUUGAGAUCGAAGGGUGUGCUAUCUCCGUCUCUGCCAGUCUCCAUGGUGCCUUUCAAGCACUCCGCCAAAGGGUAGAGUCAGUACUGGUGUGGGUGGAUGCUCUCUCUAUUGACCAGCAGAAUCGAGAUGAGAGAGCUCAACAGGUCCAGCUCAUGCCCGACAUCUACUCAAAUGCUGAAUCUGUGGCCAUUUGGCUGGGCCCUGAAGAAGAUGAUAGCUCGAGUGCCGUGGAUUUUCUUGGCCAGGUAGCUGCGAAGGCCAAAUACCCAGACAAGGUGUCGCGGCUUUUGACAGCUGGAGCCAGAAACGGCGACCUCGCGGCCGUGGUAUCUCUAUUCGAGAGAGACUACUGGAGACGACUAUGGGUUGUCCAAGAGGUCUUCAAUGCACGCGAAAUCUACGUCUACUGUGGACCUACCAAACUCUCCUGGGACUCGUAUCAACUAGCUUCGGAUGCCUUCAGCGAACACCGGGGCGAUAUGGCCUUUCGAAAUGAUCAGAUCGAAGGCAGGCGCGCCGUUAUCUCGCCGGAUCAGUUUAGCUACGCUCAGGUCCUGAUAUACCAAGGCCCGGCUAGCCUUCCUGACCUCCGAGCUUACAUGGGGGAUGGAGAAGGAGCUUUGCUUGAGAUUCUGCGAGCGUGUCGAAGAAAGCUUGCUUCAGAUCCAAGAGAUAAGCUCUUUGGACUUCUUGGUGUUUUGCCCGAUGAGAUACGCAAUGAGUUCCGUGCCGACUACAACCUUCCGGUCAAGGAUGUCUAUACUGAGGUUGUCGACUACCUCCUCAAGACCACACAAUGCCUGGACGUCAUCUGCGAGGCCAUACACUUCCCAGUCCAUACGAGCUCGGCAAACUUGCCUUCAUUCGUCCCGGACUGGUCACAUAUUCCGCAAACGACAUCUUUGGCCUGCAAGUUUGGUUUCUCUGCAGCAGGUUCCACGAAGGCUCGAUGCGCAUUCCUCGAUGAGCGGCUGAACAAGCUGGAAAUCUCGGCCAUUCCACUUGACACGAUAAAGAACAAAGGCAUCGCAGUCGGUACCCUCUGCAACUUGGGAGACUACCUCAUGGCCUUUUUGCACUGGAGGGCACUUCUUCUUGACAGCUUCAGGCAAGAGGACGAGGAAUCUAGGCAGAGGGCGGAGGAGGAUCUGGCUACAACCUUGUCACUCGGACAAAUCCCAUCGCCAUACAACUGGCCGAGCGAGUGGCGAACGGCUUGCUACAGCAUUUUUGCCAACCUGAUCCACGAGAGGCUGCCAUAUAUACCCCUGGAUCGGACCCUGUUCGACUAUCUCAACGUGGCGAUUGCGGUGCGGCCCGAAGCGAGGAGAGAAUAUCUACAGAGACACUUUGGUGAUAGAAUGAUGGGGCGGUGCUUCUGUAUCACACAAGAGAAGCGGAUAGGAAUGGGAACAGGGUUCAUGCUUCCCGGAGACCAAGUUGUCGUGCCAUUGGGUUGCUCGACACCUAUCCUGUUGAGACCUGAAGGGACUCGCGGCGAGUACCGCUUUGUGGGAGAUGUGUAUAUUAGCGGGUACAUGAAUGGGAGGGCCGCUGAGCAGUGGAAAGCAGGGAAGAGGAGUUUGAAGAAGUACGUACUUCAUUGA